GAAGGGUCGCAAGCUCUGGCAGCCUCACACCAACAGUUUGGACAGGACAACAGAAACCAUUGGAUUCCUGUAUCCUCCGUGUGAUAAAGUUCAGUGGAAGCUCAAUGGCAUCACAAAGCCUCCUCUCGCCCUGGACGAUGAACGUGACGGGUAAGGUGAGCCCGGAGCCGGUCUGUAACCUGACCAGCGGCCGGCUGGAGAAGGUGGUCCUCCCUGUGCUCUACUCCUUCAUCAUAUUUGUUGGUGUCCCUGCCAACAUCAUGGCUCUGUGGAUGUUCCUGAAGCAAUACAGGAAGCACGGGAUCCUGGUGUAUCUGAUUAACCUGGCUGCAGCCGACCUCAUCAGCUGCCUGACCCUCCCCUUUCGCGUCGCCCUGCUGUUGGUAGGGGACCUGUGGAGGGAGAGCUCUCCCAUCUGUGCCACCACCAUGAUCAUCAUUAACUCCAGCUUCUACUACACCGUCAGCUGCAGCACCAUGUUCCUCGCCUUCAUCAGCAUCAGCCGCUACGCCAUGAUCGUGAAGCCCAACAGCAAGCACCUGAACAAGUUCUACAACACCAGCUUUGCCCAGUGUGCCUGUGUGAUCACCUGGAUCGUGACGAUCAUCCCCAUCCUCAUACUGAACCUGAACUACUUCUUCAGGGAAGUGAAGCUGGUCGCAGGUGCCGUCUGUUACAACAUUCAGCUGCAAUACGGCAAGCGGGUGUCUGCCAAUGCCUUUGUGACGGUGGCGGUGAUAUUCCUGCUCCUGCUGGUGAUGUUUGCCUUCUCCUACGCCUCCAUCGCGCUGGAACUGUGCACCGUGAGGAAGAAGAAACUCAGCCAACGCAACCGUGUCAUCCACAUCCGGGCGCAGAUGAUCAUCAUCGGUGCGAUGACGGGCUUCAUCGUCUGCCACCUACCUUACCAUGUCUAUCAGAUUGUUGCUGGGCUGCACAGGUCCCACAACAGCAGCUGCCUCUGGCUGCAGCAGACUCACCACGUCAAGCUCAUCACCCUCUGUCUGGUCUCACUCAGCAGCUGUCUGGACCCCAUCCUCUACUUCCUCCUCUCAAAGUCCUUCGUCAAGCGUGGGAGCAAGAGGGAGAGGAGCAGUUAAUGCGGGCUCCCACGGCAAAUCAUGGCCUGUAGUUCCUGGCUGGUCAGACUGACCUAACCAGAGGGUUAGUAACCAUAGAGAACCAUUGUUGUCAUGGACGUCCCAGUCACUGGGGCAUUGGGACAAUGAUGUCACCAUCGCCUCAAGCAAACCUCCCCUUUAGACAAAACCAGGGAUUGAAUCUAGAUCAAUGAGCGAUUCAGAAACCAGGAAAAGCGGUGACACUGCCUCAGAAAAAAAGUCAGCUGUGCUUCCACUUUCUAGCUGGGAGUUCCAUCAACUGUAGGAUAUCGACUCCUCUGGCCUGUCCCACUACUCCACCAGAUCAUAACUUUCACCUCCACAUCCCCAGCUUGUCCCAAAGCCCCAAAUAUGAACAAAUGUCCGUCAAUCUCAAAUUUAAAAUUAACUCUUGACUCAACAUUAAUUUCACCAGCAGAAAUGAGUUCCAAAUUCCCUCACCUAUUACACGUAGAACUCUUCCUGAACUCAUGAACCCUGUGAAUCUGAAGUUUGUCCCCCGGCCCUAGAAUUCCUGAGCAAUCACUAUCUCUCGACCCUAUCAGUUCCUUCCAGUACCUGAAAACUUGGAUCAAGUCACCAGGUAAUCUUUUAAUUUCAACCCCAGUGAGCGUAGUCCCCUUGUGCUGGGUUCUAAGUGUCCAAGUCUCACGCAGCCACCAGCCACGGCCCAUGUAGGCAGCAGGGAGGUAACCUAUGGAGAGGGAAAUGGGGAAGAGCCAGUCUGGAACAUCAUUGACAUCAAGGAGGCAAGCUUACAGGAACAUUACUGACGGACAAUGCUUCAAUGUAAUUCCAACAGAAAUAUUAGGGACCAUACCAUGAGGUGGUUUUCUCUCUGUGGCAGUGGUUGGUGACCUGUGUGGAAUAUCUUUUCACUGCAACAUGCCCGUUGUGUGGCUUCCCCCGGGUGCUCCUGUUUCUUUCUACACCCCAAAGAAGUGCAGCUUGUUAGAUCACUUUGCUUCUGUGAAUCACCCCUGGUGUGUGUGGGGGAGAAUCGGUGGGGGGGGGGGGGGGUGAUGUUAACGGGCAGGUGUGAGAGAUUACAUUACAGGGAAACGGGGAAAUGGGACUGAUGGCAUUGCUUUGAGGGCUGGCAUAGACUCAAUGGGCUGAUUGGCCUCCUUCUAUGACAUAAGGCAAUAUGGAAAUAAUUAUGGGAAAAUAAAGGAACAACAUCUUACUCUGAGAAAUGACAUGACUUUCCUCAAAUGUGUUAAAGCUAAAAUUACCUGUGGGCAGUGGCAUUGUAUUUUGGUGUGUGGGUGGGGGAGUGGAACAGGGAGGGACCAAUAUCACCGAGGGAUAUGGAAGCUGUGCCAUCGCAAACUAAUGGUGCCAAAUCAUACAGAAGAAUGUUGGCCUCAAAGCAUUCAUCUCAUCAGCCAAGUCCUGCAUCACAAAUCUAUGGUUCCAAAUGACACAGGACUGGACAGCACAGGAACAGGCCCUUCAGCCCACAAUACCUGUGCUGACCAUGAUGCCAAUCUAAACUAAUCCCACCUGCCUGCACAUGGUCCGUAUUCCCUCCAUUCUCUGCCCGUUCAUGUGCCUGUCUAAAUGCUGUCAUACCUGCCUCCAUCACUUCCCCUGGCAGUGCAUUCCCUGUGAGAAGGACUCUAACUAACCUUUCUCUGCCUCUCAUUAUUGUACGUACUUCUGUCAGGUCUCCCCUCAGCCUCCAAUACCCCAGAGGAAAACAGUCCAAUCUGUCUAACUUUUCCUUAAGGCUAAUACUCUCUAAUCCAGGCAGCAUUCUGGUGAGCCUCUUCUGCACCCUCUCCAAAGCCUCCACAUCUUUCCUGUAAUGGGGCGACCAGAACUGCACACAACAAUCCAAAUGCAGUCUAACCAAGGUUUUAUACAGCUGCAACAUGACUUCCCGGCUUUUAUAGUCAGCACGAAUGAUGAAGGCAAGUAUGCUGUAUGCCUUCUUUACCACCCUAUCCAUUAGUGUUGCCACUUUCACAGAGCUAUGGACUUGCAUCACAAGAUCCCUCUGUACAUCAAUGCUCUUAAAGGUCCUGCCAUUUACUGUAUCUGUUCCUCCUACAUUUGACCUCCCAAAGUGCAUCACCUAACACUUAUCUGUAUUAAACUGCAUCUGCCAUUUCUCUGCCCACAUUUCCAACUGGUCUAUAUCCUGCUGAAUCCUUCGGUAACCUUCCUCACUGUCCACAACUCUGCCAAGUUAUGUUUCCUUUUUGGACCAUUGAGUCUAUACCGGCUCACAGAACAAUCCUAUUCUCCAUUAGUUCUCCAUAUAAUCCAUUCUCCCUACAUUCCCAUCAAGCCCCCCCAGAUUCUAUCACUGUCCUAUACUUGAGGCAAUUUACAGCAGCCAACUAACCUACCAUCUUUGGGAUGUGGGAGGAAACCGGAGCACCCAGGGGAAACCCACGCGGUCGCAGGGAGAACGUACAAACUCCACACAUGAGAAGCCAGCUUUUACCUCUCCCAGAAUUUAUUAGUUGAGAUCAUCACAGAAAAUGGUUUUUUGGACACAAACCAACAGAUGAAUUGAAGUGGGGAUGGCUUUAGAGUGAGAUAGUACAUUGAAUUUCU